UCUCAAUUCUCAAACAAAUCUCCAACUUGACCAAGUUGGAAUUCUUUUUUAUGUUGAUGUAAGAUUGAGAAUCAAAUAGACCAAAUCUUCUCCAAUUUUGAACUAUCAUAAGCCUCAUCAUCACUAUCUUCUUCUUCUUCUUCUUCUUCCAUACUCUCUGCCCGCUGCCGCAUUUGACCGGAAACAGAGCCAGCAAAAGAAGGGGAGAGUUCAUAGAUAUGUCGAGGGCGAUCAUGGGUUCUUCCAGGAACAGAGGUUUGCUGUUAAGAGCACCGUCGCCGGCGGCAGCCAAACUUCUUAAACAUCUGUUCUCGACCUCGCCGGCAAGUGGCACUGAAAGCAGGAAGCUAGAAGGCAAAAUAGCAGUGAUCACCGGAGGAGCAAAUGGGAUAGGGAGAGAAACCGCCGCCAAAUUCAUCCACAACGGCGCCAAAGUCAUAAUCGCCGACAUCAACAAGGACCUCGGCCUCCAGACCGCACGCCAGCUAGGCCCCAGCGCAUCAUUCAUUCCUUGUGACGUGGCCAACGAAUCCGACGUGUCGGACGCCGUGGACUUCGCGGUGUCCCAGCACAGCCGCCUCGACAUCAUGUACAACAACGCCGGCGUCUCCUGCAGAACCCCUCCCAGCAUCGUCGACCUCGACAUGGAAACCUUCGAUAGGAUGGGGAUCAACGCGAGGGGAGCGCUGGCGGGCGUGAAGCACGCGGCGCGAGUGAUGAUCCCGCAGCAGAGCGGGACCAUCCUCUGCACCGCCAGCGUGACGGGGAUCAUGGGCGGGAUGGCCCAGCACACGUACAGCCUGACCAAGGCGGCGGUCAUCGCCAUCGUGAAGUCGGCGGCGGCGGAGCUUUCGCACCACGGGGUGAGGGUGAACUGCAUCUCCCCGUUCGCCAUCCCGACGGCGUUCGUGAUGGAGGAGCUGCAGCACUACUACGCCGGGGAGAAGCCGGAGAGGAUCAUGGAUAUCGUGUACGCCAUGGGGACGCUGAAGGGGGCGAGGUGCGAGCCGGCCGACGUGGCGAACGCGGCAGUGUAUCUGGCGUCGGAGGAUGCCAAGUACGUUUCCGGGCAUAAUCUGGUGGUGGACGGUGGGUUUACGUCGUUCAAGACUCUGGGGUUGCCUGAAAGGAAGUAGCAAAGUUUGGGGAGGUAAUAGUAAUUAAUCCCUAUUUGGGACAACUACUAUAUCAUAACUGAAGUUUGGCGAUUGGAUCUCUAUUUUUGUUCUGCUCUCACUUUCCUUGUGUAUUUUUAACAGUGAAUGUGUCGAUUAUCAUGCGGGUAUUUGAUUGCACUCAAAUUAAUAUUUGGAUUUGGAGAG